AUCAUAUUCUCCUUUGCUGCCCACUGUCGCACACAGUGAACGUUGCUACAAGACGAAUUGAUUGCUAUUUGCUCUGGUCCUCACAGCUUGCUUUGUUCCGCCGUCCUUUUCCCAUGCUGCCGUAAGCCUAAGCACGUGUGAUCUGACCGGCUGCGACGCGGAUCAGAAAUUCAGACAUCGGGACUUGUCUACGCCGUGAACUGCCGCUUCUUCCAAAAGACAGAGUAGCACUUGCGACAAUGCCGUCGCUAGUGCCAUACAGAAAUGACAUGAACAAUGUGCUUCAGCAGAUUGUUACCUCUUCGUCAGAGGCAGACACGUUAGAUCAACUGAUUCCAUACAUCAAAGAUUACAGCUACGGAAACAAGACUGCCCAUCUGCUGAGCCAGUUGUCCGACCUUGCCGGGGAGCGAGAGACUGAGAUUGAGCGCCAAUGCAACACGAACCACCAGGAGUUUGUAAAGUCUGUCAAUCAGCUGCUCCGGAUCCGCGAAGGCACCGUCGCUCUCACCAACGAGAUUCUCGAGCUGAAUCAAUCCAUUCAAGCCAGCACUGAGCGCCUCGUAGAUCAGAAGAAAGCCCUGGUCGAGUCCCGGGGCGUUAGGCAGAAUAUCGAAGACGCCCGCCACUCUCUGCAGGAUUGCCUUGAAGUUCUUCGCCUGGCGAACCAGGUCCAGGAGCUCCGUGACCAAAAGAAACACUAUGCUGCUCUCCGAGCACUGGACGAGUUGCAAAGCGUCCACCUCCAGAACGUCACGCAGUACGAGUUGAGCGAGCUCAUCCAGAAAUCGGUGCCGGCGACCCAGAAAUCCAUCGCUGAGGCCGUCAUGGCCGACCUCAACACAUGGCUAUUCCGUGUCCGAGAGAUGUCCCAAUACCUAGGGGAGUUGUCCUUUUACCACACGGACCUUCGCAAGCAGCGGCUGCAGGAAAGAUCCGAGAAGACUCCCUAUCUUGCUAACUUCAAACUCAACUCUGCCAUCGAGCUGGUGGCAGACGAACACGAGGAAUUCGACCUGCUCAAAAGCGAAGACCUCGAGGUUGAUUUCACGCCCUUGUUUGAGGCAUUGCACAUCCAUCGCUCACUCGGUCAGAUGGAGAAGUUCAAGACCGACUACGCCGCCAGUCGCCGCGCGCAACGAGACCUUCUGCUGCAGAAUUCCAUCUCCCUCGUCGACGAAGAGAUGGGCGAUCUCCACACUCUCUUGGAAGAUAUAGCAGGCUUCGCCAUCAUGGAACGUGCCACCAUGAAAAAGGUCCCCGACCUGCGCUCGACCACCGAAGUUGAAGAGCUGUGGGACUCACUCUGCCAAACGGCCAUCUCUUUGAUGUCCAAGGCCCUCUCGGCCGUGGACAACGCCGAACACCUGCUGAAGAUCAAAAACCUCAUCUCCUUGUUCAUCCAGACCAUGAACCGUUUCAACUUCAACACCGCGGCCAUGUCGAACUUUGUGCUGGUGCUGUUCGACAAGUACGCCGAGCUGCUCAAGCAACGGUUCAGCGAGGAUUUUAUCGAGAUCGUCGGCACCGACGACUACAUGCCGAUGCCGAUCCAAAACGCCGAGGAGUUCGAAAAAGUCGUCAAUGUCUCCUGGUACACCCCGGACCGCCCCGUGCAUGAAAUGACGUUCCCGACCGUCUUCCCCUUCUCGCAGAUGUACCCGCUCUGCUGCAUCGACAUCCGCAACUUCUUGAACCAAUUCUACUUCUUCUCCGCGCAGGAGGACAAGGUGCCGUCACCCCUCACGGCGAAGAUCGAUUCCCAGCUCCUGACCUCGCUGGAUGACCUCCUGACCACCAAGGUCUGCGCCAGCCUGGUGUCGAAACUCUCGUCGCAAUACCUGGGCCAAAUCGUGCAGAUCCUGAUCAACCUCUCCCAUUUCACCACGGCCUGCCACGAACUCGAAACCCUGCUGGCCACGGCGCGCUCGUCGUCCUCUGCUGCCCUCGGCGGCGGAGGAGGCGUCGGCCCACCGGUCUCGCUCAAGGCCACGGCGCAGUUCAGCACGCACCAGAAGACGGCCGAGAACCGGAUCUUCGAACUGGUCAACAGCAAGGUCAGCGACCUGAUCGAGACGGCCGAGUAUGACUGGCUCUCGCGCGACGCUCCCAUCGAGCCGUCGAACUACAUCCUCACCCUGACGCGCUACCUGUCGAACAUCAUCAACAGCGUGCUGCUCUCGCUGCCCUCGUCGCUGAAAGACCUCAUGCUCUUCAACGCCAUCUCGCACACCGCCUCCAGCAUCCUCUCCCUGCCUCUGUCGCCCCAAGUGGACAGGAUCACGACGGCGUGCAUCGCGCAGAUGGACAUGGACAUCCAGCACUUCCGAUCCUACGUCGAGACGCUGCCCAACAACAGCAUCCUGCUCGAGUCGCUGGACGAGCUGAUCCAGACGGUCGCGCUGAUGAGCACCGACCAACCCGACGAGUUCUACGACAUCUCCCUCCGCAACAAGAAAUACCGCAACGUCGACCCGCUCAAGGGCCCGCAGCUGCUGGAGAAGGUCGUGCACGUCGACAUCAGGUCGCCCGUGUCUGCCAAGGCCGGCGGCGGACACGUCCACUUCGACGGCGACAACGGAAGAGAUGGCGUGCACAGUCCCGGGCUGGCGCACAGCGGGAGCACCGGGUCGCGAGGGGGGAAUACCUUUGCGGCGUUGCAGAACCGGUUCAUGUCGCACGGCGGGCGCUGAACUACGAAUCUCGGUUUCUGUCGGAUCCGUGUUCCCUCUUCUCUGUUGUUCUUCGACGAGGCACGUUGGGCUUGUACUAAAACGGGAUUCCUGCGGCGAUGGACAUGGUGCACAGUAUACUCUAUGUCUGUGUGUAUACCUAGAGAUGUAUCUUCUUCAUCGAUCAGAUUAUAGUGCUGGAUAUCGUGCCAUCUUGCCAAUGUUUCCAAAGCUUUCUUUCUCUAUUCUCGCCGCAUAAUACUCUGUGCAACAAUCAUACUCUUGAAUCUGCGACAUCUGGGCUGGUUUCCAUUUUUCGGAGCAGGGACCGUCCGCAUCCAUGCACAUCAGACAAGGGACUUUUAAUUAGGUCGAGCCUCUAUUCUGCCAUCUUAUAGGCUUCGCUGUCGUGCAUCACGGCAGCUAUGGGUGGGGAUUUUUGUGAGACUAAUGGAAGCAUAUAGAGCGAUUCAUCAUGAGAGAGGCCCUGUUUCCUAGAUUGCUGGUCGCGGUGGGGACCUAUACGG